AUGACAGGUCCAGUAGUGUAUGUUCAAAACGGGGACGGUAUCUUCUUUAAAGCUGCUGAGGGAAAGGGAACUAAUGAUGCAGUUAUUCAUCUGGCCAAUCAAGACCAAGGUGUUCGUGUCCUUGGAGCAGAGGAGUUUCCAGUUCAAGGUGAAAUAGUGAAGAUUGCGUCCUUGAUGGGGUUCAUCAAAUUGAAAUUGAACAGGUACGCCAUUAUUGCGAAUACCGUGGAAGAGACUGGUAGGUUUAAUGGCCACGUUUUCUAUAGAAUCUUGCAACAUUCUGUGGUGUCUACCAAGUUCAACUCGAGAAUCGAUUCUGAGGAAGCCGAAUAUAUCAAGUUGCUGGAGUUACAUUUGAGGAAUUCCACUUUUUAUUUCUCAUACACAUAUGAUUUAACCAAUUCUUUACAAAGAAAUGAAAGAAUUGGGUCCGCAGCCAACUGGAAAACUGCUGAUGAGCGAUUUUUUUGGAAUCAUUACUUAACUGAAGAUUUGAGAAAGUUUGCUAAUCAUGAUUCUAGAAUUGAUGCCUUCAUACAGCCUGUUAUAUAUGGUUAUGCCAAGACAGUUGACACAGUUUUGAAUGCCACUCCUAUUGUUCUUGGUUUAAUUACCAGACGUAGUAUAUUCAGAGCAGGUACAAGAUACUUCCGUCGUGGUGUUGACAAAGAUGGAAAUGUUGGCAAUUUCAACGAAACUGAACAAAUUCUACUUGCUGAGAAUCCAGAAAGUGAAAAAACACAUGUUUUCUCUUUUCUGCAAACGAGAGGGUCUGUGCCAAUAUAUUGGGCGGAAAUCAACAACCUAAAGUACAAGCCAAACCUAGUUCUUGGAGAAAACUCAUUAGACGCCACCAAAAAGCAUUUUGAUCAACAAAAGGAGUUAUAUGGUGACAACUAUUUAGUUAAUCUAGUUAACCAAAAGGGCCACGAAUUACCCGUUAAAGAAGGUUAUGAAUCUGUGGUGCACGCAUUGAACGAUCCAAAGAUUCAUUACGUAUAUUUUGACUUUCACCACGAAUGUCGCAAGAUGCAAUGGCAUAGAGUGAAAUUGUUAAUUGAUCACCUGGAGAAGUUAGGUUUGUCUAAUGAAGAUUUCUUUCAUAAGGUUAUAAAUUCUAAUGGUGUAACUAUUCAAAUCCUCAAUGAGCAACAUUCCGUCGUAAGAACAAAUUGUAUGGAUUGUUUGGACAGGACAAAUGUUGUACAAUCAGUUUUGGCCCAAUGGGUCUUACAGAAAGAGUUCGAAACUGCCAACGUUAUUGAUAUUGGAAACACUUGGGAAGAGAAUACGCCAUUGCUAACUUCUUAUCAAAAUUUAUGGGCUGAUAACGCUGAUGCAGUUAGUGUUGCCUAUUCAGGUACUGGAGCCUUGAAGACCGACUUCACAAGAACUGGUAAGCGUACACGUCUAGGUGCGUUCAACGAUUUUUUGAAUUCAGCGUCACGUUAUUACCAGAAUAAUUUGACCGAUGGCCCAAGACAGGAUUCGUAUGACUUGUUCCUUGGCGGGUUCAGACCACACACUGCUUCCAUCAAGUCUCCAUUCCCUGAUAGAAGACCAGUUUAUAUCCAAUUAAUCCCAAUGAUCAUUUGUGCAGCCCUGACCGUACUAGGUGCUACAAUUUUCUUCCCAAAGGAUAGAUUUACCAGUGGUAAAAAUUCUCUGUAUUUCACAGGUGCGUGUAUCAUAUUAGCGCUUUCAAUCAAGUUUAUGUUUAAGAAUGGUAUUCAGUAUGUCAACUGGCCUAAAUUAGUGGACGUUGGAUUCUUAGUCGUUCAUCAAACACAUGAUAAAGAACAGCAAUUUAAAGGCUUGAAAUAUGCACAGAGUCCUAAGUUUUCCAAACCAGAUCUUUUAAAAAGAGAUUAA